AACCUCCAUCAUUAUCAGCCGCAGUGGUGAAGAGAAAAGUAAUUAACAGGUGUAAUAGUAAGUUUUUUUGCAGGAGCAUCCCAUUGGCUCCGAAUAAAUUAUCUCCACUCCUCGUUGUCUGUUUCAUAUCCAUCCAAACAUAUCAAGCAUGUCAGGCUUGAGUAGAAAAGAAAAGAAUCCACUCACCGUUCUCUCCUCAUGCCGAAGCUUAUAUGUGAAUAGAGAAACUAUCUGGCUAACAAAGAUUAAAAUGCUGAUAGAGCUGACAAUAUUAUCUGCAUGCAUAUUUCCGUCGGGCCAAGCCUUUGAUGCUCAGAAGCUUCGAUCAGAUUUCCUCCAAGUCCUCCGAAGCAGGCGCGUCUGCGAAGUUCCGCUACGUGUGGAGUUCGCGAAGCCAGUGGCCAAGCCUCUGUGUCAGGACAGUGCUCAACCUUCCGCUGAGGCAAGCUUGGACUCUUGGCCAAAGUCAAACAGUAGUAACAUUGAAGACUCGCUAAAAGAGGAGAAACUCUAUUUGACUACAGAGGGAGGAGAGCAAGGACGCUUGCCUGUUCUGAUUUUGAGCUUGAAGGGAAACAAACAUCAAAGAAGGCCUGCCGUUGUUCUUCUACAUGGCACAGGCUCUUCUAAAGAAUCCUUAUGCCCAUUACUUAAGGCAUAUGCUUCACGAGGAUAUGUAUCAAUUGCCAUUGACUCUCGCUAUCAUGGUGAACGCGCCCAAAGCACAACCGCCUAUCAGGAUGCUCUUAUCUCUGCUUGGAAAACUGGAAAGACAAUGCCGUUCAUAUAUGACACGGUGCGUAACUUUAUGUUGUGGCAGGUCUGGGACUUGAUCAAAUUGGCAGAUUAUUUAACUCACAGGGAGGAUAUAGACAAUGCUAGAAUAGGAGUCACUGGAAUAUCUCUUGGAGGAAUGCAUGCAUGGUUUGCUGCAUUUGCAGACACCCGUUAUGCUGUGGUAGUCCCAGUGAUUGGUGUUCAGGGGUUUCUAUGGGCUAUUGACAAUGAUAAGUGGCAGGCUCGAGUUGACAGUAUAAAGCCUGUGUUUGAGGUGGCUUGUGACGAUUUGGGUAAAAGUGCUAUUGACAAAGAAGUUGUGAAGAAGGUAUGGGACCGGAUUGCUCCCGGGCUGGCUUCCAAGUUUGACUCACCAUACUCAAUUCCAGCUAUUGCACCACGGCCCUUGCUUAUUCUAAAUGGUGCUGAAGAUCCUCGAUGUCCCCUUGGAGGUUUGAAAAUUCCAGAGUCAAAUGCACGUAACGCAUAUGGAGAGUUUCACAAGCCGAAUAAUUUUAAGUUCAUCGCGCAACCUGGAAUUGCGCACCAAAUGACACCAUACAUGACUAAAGAAGCAUCUGAGUGGUUUGACAGAUUUUUUAAGGCGCAGUUUGGGAUCUAAGAUGUGUUCAAGUGCUAUUUGAGUGUAAAUUUUUCAUAUUAACCUGCUGGCCUAUGCCGCCAGACGCCUACAGCCCGCGUCCUUUGGUUCAUGUUGGUGAUGUUAUGAACUAUGCAACACGCUUUCUCUGUUGAAUGUAUCCUCUAGCACUUCUACACGAUAUGUAGAAAGUUUCUGGUUCCUCAAAUUUGGCGUUA